UCCUCCGGCCGCCAACAUGGCGGCGGACACAGACGAGGCUGAUUAUUUUGUAAGAGAAAUUGAGAAAAACGACGGGUGCACCCUGAAGGUGAAGCAGUACUGCUUGGGAGACGUUGGCUGCGUUGUGUGGGACGCGGCCAUCGUUCUGGCAAAAUACUUAGAGACGAAACUAUUUUAUAACCCGUCCUCUGGAGUCAACGUCUGGGCCGGCAAGAAUGUUGUGGAGUUAGGAGCUGGGACAGGAGUGGUUGGUCUGAUGGCAGCAACACUGGGAGCUGCAGUGACUGUGACAGACCUGGAGGACCUGCAGAGCCUGCUCAGAGUAAACAUCCAGGACAAUCAGGCACUCGUCAGUCGUGGAUCAGUAACUGCCAAGGUACUGAAAUGGGGUGACGAUGUGUCUGACUUCCAGCCUCCCCCGCAUUAUGUCCUUAUGGCAGAUUGCAUCUAUUAUGAGCAGUCUAUCGUUCCACUCGUGGAGAGCUUGAAGCUGCUCUCGGGACCAGGCACCUGCAUUAUUUGCUGCUAUGAGCAGCGCACAGAGGGUGACAACCCAAAAGUGGAAAAGCAGUUCUUUGAGUUGCUGCAACAAAACUUCAACUGUGAAGAGAUCCCUUCAGACAAGCAAGACCCAGAGUUCUGUAGUCCAGACAUCCACAUCCUGCACAUCUGGAAAAAAGUCUGAUGUGCCCUGAAUCAAUGCAACUUAAGUUUUGUGGAUGGAAAAAAAAAUAGGCUUUUUAUAAAUAUAACUGUUCUAAUGGAGUAAAACUAAACUGAAAAUGUAAACCAUAUUUGUUUCAUACACUAUUAAACCAAGUUGAUAUAA